UGUUAUCUUUAUGGGCCAUAAGUACAUUGUUACACACUGAGGAUGAUUAUUAGAUGGAUUGUAAUACUCACCACCACCACCCUGCUCUUGAAGUUCUCAGACAGUAUAGCCUACGAACUCAAUGAUCCGCCGCCACCGUGCUCGGCUUAUGAAAUGUUAAUUGUAAAUACCAAACAAUGUGUUUCACGUUGUCCCAUUCGCUGUAUCGAUGACAACUGUUUCGAGGAUGGUGAAUGUCCGUGUGAAAAUUCAUAUAUGACAUCGUUUGAAAAUGGUCUGAUAUGUGCCCAGCAAUGUUUACCAGGGUGUAUAGAGGCAGGAGGUUAUUGUGCUGGGCCAGAUAUAUGUGUGUGCAAGCAUAAAGGUUCCGCAUUUGAUCCGGUGACAAGAAAGUGUUGGAAGCACUCCAUUUUCAGAGACAAAUGUCAAGGGCGUUGUCUUUACGGCCAUUGUAAUCACGAGGGAAUUUGCACCUGUGCCCAGGGGUUCAGAUCAACAAAUAAUAUUUUUGGCCAACUAUGUGAACCUGUUUGUAAACAAAAGUGUGGACCUCGUGGCUAUUGUUUUUUACCCAACAUGUGUGCCUGUCGUAAAAAACACGAACACUAUGGACCAAAUGGUUUAUGUUAUCACGACGAUGUUGACUAUAUAUUUUAAAGAACUGAAUUUCCCUUAAUAAUAUUUGGAAAGAAUACAUAUAGCUUUUAAAUCAUAAAAUGCUCGGAUGAUACUUUAAGCAAACAGAAAUCUACACUUGCCGCCAAAUUAAGAGCGUUUUUAGGCAUUCUUAUACAAAUAAAGUAAUUAUAGUACAAAUAUAAUUUAAUUUUUAAAUUGAUGAUGCAGAACCACACGCAUAAUGAAUAAUGUACACAUCCAUGUUUAUCUACCUAUAUUUAUUCUAUUUAUUAUCAAUUGUAUUUUGCUGUGCAAAUUCAAACAUAUCAAAAUACGUUUAAGUGACAUUUUUCAUAAGCUUUUUUCUAACUGCGAAAAUUUGUGUGCUUACAGUUAUCAGACAUAUUUUGAUUUUAAGAUAUGUUCUGAGUAGUAAGAAUAAAUCUGAUUUCAUUUCAUUUGUUUCAUUCAAUUCAAUAUAAAAAA